AUGUCUAUAACUUGUGAACUCUCGAAUCUCACUUCAAAGAAGGCAAAAGAGUCUAACGGUGGCGAGAAUUGGAUAAAAAAGCUUCUUUUCUUCUUCAUGGUUUUGUGUGGCUUGACCUCUCUGGUGAUUGUUGUCUUGAUGUUCUCACGGAAGGAGGAGACAGGCUCUUGUAAUGGAGAAGAAGCUAGAGUGUUGUACAGACAUCAAAACGUCACAAGGAGUGAAAUUCAAGCUUUGGUCUCUCUGUUCUCUGAUUCAGAUCAGGUAACAUCCUUUGAAUGUCGAAAAGAGUCUAGUCCUGGAAUGUGGGCAAACUAUGGUGUUACAUGUUCCCUGAACAUGCGUUUGGAGAAACAAGAGACUCAGAGCUACCAAGAUAGACCCUGGAAUCUUAAUCCAUCAGGCUUAGAACAUUCUAUUUCAUCAGAAGUUCGUGUCUUUGAUAAUCUUGAACAGAGUUUAGUGCAACACAGAGAACCUGAAAACUAUGAAGAAGGGAAGGAUUGGGAUUUGUCAUCUUAUUUGAGAAACACAUGGUGGUGUCUACUACUCCUUGGUGUAUUAGUGUGCCAUAAGAUUUAUGUUUCUCAUUCUAAAGCACCAACCGAGACAAAAGAAAAAGUGUCUCUGCAAGAGUCUUUAGCUCAAAAUCAGCAGCAACAACGCGCUCAGACCGGUUGUAGAGGGGCUGGAAAAUGGAGGAAGAACAUCCUCCUCCUCGGUGUCAUCGCAGGAGUUUCCAUGUCCGUUUGGUGGUUUUGGGACACCAAUGAGAAGAUCAUCUUGAAAAGGAGGGAGACUUUAGAAAACAUGUGUGAGGAACGAGCCCGUGUGUUACAAGAUCAGUUCAAUGUUAGCCUCAACCAUGUUCAUGCCUUGUCGAUUCUUGUAUCAACCUUUCACCAUGGGAAAACUCCAUCUGCUAUUGAUCAGAAAACCUUUGGUGAAUAUACUGAGAGAACAAACUUUGAGAGGCCUCUUACAAGUGGUGUUGCGUAUGCUUUGAAAGUCCCACACUCAAAAAGAGAGCAAUUUGAAAAGGAGCAUGGAUGGGCAAUAAAGAAAAUGGAAACUGAGGAUCAAACACUUGUUCAAGAUUGUGUUCCUGAGAACUUUGACCCAGCACCUAUUCAAGACGAAUAUGCGCCAGUUAUAUUUGCUCAAGAAACUGUUUCACACAUUGUUUCGGUCGAUAUGAUGUCAGGAGAAGAAGACAGAGAAAACAUCUUGCGGGCAAGAGCAUCAGGAAAAGGAGUAUUAACAUCUCCGUUUAAGCUUCUGAAGUCAAAUCAUCUUGGUGUUGUCUUGACCUUUGCUGUCUAUGACACGAACCUACCACCUGACGCUACAGAUGAACAGCGUGUUGAAGCAACUAUUGGGUACCUUGGGGCAUCAUAUGAUAUGCCAUCGCUGGUGGAGAAACUUCUUCAUCAACUCGCCAGCAAACAGACAAUUGUGGUGGAUGUUUAUGAUACAACUAACGCCUCGGGUCUAAUUAAAAUGUAUGGCUCAGAAAUUGGGGAUAUAAGUGAAGAGCACAUAAGUAGUCUUGAUUUUGGUGAUCCAUCAAGGAAACAUGAGAUGCACUGCAGGUUUAAGCAUAAGCUUCCCAUUCCUUGGACCGCAAUAAUAUCAUCGUCCUUAGUUCUUAUUAUUACUUUCUUGGUUGGUUAUAUCUUCCAUGACGCCAUCAUUCGAAUUGCGAUAGUUGAAGAGGAUUGUCAGAAGAUGAUGGAACUGAAAGCUCGCGCUGAGGCCGCUGACGUUGCAAAAUCACAGUUUCUAGCAACUGUUUCUCAUGAGAUUCGGACUCCGAUGAAUGGUGUUCUUGGAAUGUUGAAAAUGCUGAUGGACACCGAGCUUGAUGCGAAACAAAUGGACUAUGCUCAAACUGCUCAUGGCAGUGGGAAGGAUCUUAUAUCACUGAUAAAUGAAGUUCUUGAUCAGGCAAAGAUUGAAUCAGGAAGGCUCGAGCUUGAGAAUGUUCCUUUCGAUAUGCGUUUCGUUCUGGAUAAUGUUUCGUCUCUCCUCUCUGGCAAGGCAAAUGAAAAAGGAAUUGAGUUGGCUGUUUAUGUCUCUAGUCAAGUUCCUGAUGUUGUGGUUGGUGAUCCAAGUCGGUUCCGGCAGAUAAUCACAAACCUGGUUGGAAACUCAAUUAAGUUCACACAGGACAAGGGACACAUAUUUAUCUCAGUGCACCUUGCAGAUGAGGUGAGAGAGCCUCUUAAUAUCGAAGAUGAAGUGUUAAAACAGAGACUAGCUUUAGGAUGCAGCGAGUCCGGUGAGACAGUGAGCGGGUUUCCUGCUGUAAAUGCAUUGGGAAGCUGGAAGAGUUUCAAGACAGUUCACAGCAGUGAGGAUCAUAACUCUGAUAAAAUCAAACUGCUAGUUACAGUUGAGGACACAGGAGUAGGCAUACCAGUGGACGCACAAGGCCGGAUAUUCACUCCUUUUAUGCAAGCAGACAGUUCGACAUCACGGACUUAUGGUGGGACCGGGAUAGGUUUGAGCAUAAGCAAGCGUUUGGUUGAGCUAAUGCAAGGAGAGAUGGGGUUUGUGAGUGAGCCUGGGAUAGGAAGUACUUUUUCAUUUACUGGUGUUUUUGGGAAAGCAGAAACGUAUUCUUCGGUUACUAAGUUUGAACGGUUCGAUCUAGCUAUUCAGGAGUUUAAAGGAUUGAAGGCAUUAGUUGUUGAUAGAAGAAACAUUCGAGCUGAGGUUACUAAAUACCAUCUUCAGAGAUUAGGGAUAUUUGCAGACAUUGUAACAAGUCUGAGAAUGGCAUGCACAUAUGUCAGCAAAUCAGAGAAUUUGGCUAUGAUUCUAAUAGACAAAGACGCCUGGAACAAGAAAGACUUUGACGAGUUGCUUACCACUGGCAAAGAAACCUCUACAAGACCACCGAAGAUUUUACUUUUGGCAACCUCUGCAACUCUUGUUGAGCGCAGUGAGAUGAAGUCUUCUGGUCUCAUCGACGAGGUGGUAAUAAAGCCGCUUCGUAUGAGUGUCUUGAUAUGUUGCUUGCAAGAAACCCUUGUCAAUGGCAAGAAGAGGCAACCAAACAGAAAACGGAUCAAUCUUGGACACUUGCUUAGAGAAAAACGGAUUCUUGUUGUAGAUGAUAAUCUUGUGAACAGAAGAGUCGCUGAAGGAGCACUUAAGAAAUAUGGAGCUAUUGUUACAUGUGUUGAGAGUGGAAAGCUUGCAUUGGCUAUGCUUAAGCCUCCUCACAACUUCGAUGCUUGCUUCAUGGACCUCCAGAUGCCUGAAAUGGACGGAUUCGAAGCAACGAGGAGAGUUCGUGAUCUGGAGAGGGAAAUCAACGAGAAGAUAGCUUCUGGAGAGGUUUCUGCUGAAAUGUUUAGUAAAUUCAGUAGCUGGCACGUCCCGAUAUUAGCAAUGACAGCUGAUGUGAUUCAGGCUACUAAUGAAGAAUGUGUGAAAUGUGGAAUGGAUGGUUAUGUCUCAAAACCGUUUGAAGUAGAAGCUCUCUACGCAGCGGUAGCAAGAUUCUUUGAGUCCGGUUAA